AUGGUUACUCCUCCUUCUUCUCCUCAGGCAGAUGCCGACUCCUCCGAGGCUGCAGCCGCCGCCGCCGCGCUCGCCGACGGCGCCGCUACAGCAGCCCUCCCUACUGAUCCCAGCGACGAGGCGCGCCCCCGCGCUCCGCUCUCCACCGACAACUCCUCCUCGGCUCUUCCUCUUACCACCCUCCCACCCAAUCCCGCUGCGUCUUCUUCCUCCUGCGGUGCCUCUCCGGCUCUGCAGGCGAGCGUUUCCGGCGUCAUCGACUUCAAGCUCGCUUUGGACGGCACCAACUUCCAGCGCUGGCGCAACUACAUCAACCUCCUCCUCGCGCGCUACCAUGCAGAGGGCCACAUGAGGGAGGGCUCGGCCAACCGGCUGGCUGACCAGGCCUGGCGCGAUGACGACAACACCGUCAUCCUCUGGUUCUUCACCACCAUUGAGGGGGACCUCCUCGACAUCGUCGCCCCUCCCGGCUCCACCGCCUUCACCAUCUGGACCAGGAUCCACGAGUACUUCCUCGCCAACGAGGUCGAGCACGCGAUGCAUCUCGGCCAGGAGUUCCGGGCGGCGGUUCGCGGCGACCUCAGCAUCAACGACUACUGUCGCCGUCUCCAGGGCAUCACCGCCGCGCUCGCCGACGUCCGCGAGCCCGUGACUGAUCGUACUCUGACCCUGCAGAUGCUGGACGGGCUGGGCCCCAAAUUCGCCAUGCAGGCCGCCAUCAUCCAGGCCACCGUUCCCCUCCCCACCUUCCAGCAGGCGCGGUCCCGUCUCGUCCUCGCCGAGCUCUCUCUAGACAGGCGCGCCCGCGGCGAAGGCUCUCAGGUGCUCGCUGUCCAGCACGACGAGCGCGGCGCUGAUCGCUCUGGGGAUCGUUGCGGUGCCCGCGGAGGCGACCGUGGUGGUGACCGCGGUGGCGAUCGCGGUGAUCGCGGCGGUGAUCGCGCCGCUAAUGGCGGCGGCGGGCGUGGUGGCCAGCUCGGGGCGCACCGUGGGCGCGGCCGCGGACGUGGCCGCGGCGAUGCUCCUCCUGGCCGUGGUGCUGGUGCCACCCCCUGGCUGGGCUACUUCGCUCCCGUCGGGGCGCCUUUCCCUCCGCCUCGUGCUCCCUGGAUCCCGCCGAACUCGGCGGGCGUGCUUGGGCCCCGUCCGGGCGCUCCAACGCAGGCCUACCCGCUGCUCUACUCCACCGCGCCGGCGCCACCUGCUCCCACAUCGUACGUCGCGGCUCCCCCUCACUGGGACGCCUCGGCCAUGUACCACGCGGCUCCGAGCUAUGGAUCCGCCUUCCCUCUGAACGCCGACUGGAUUAUGGAUACGGGUGCGGCGUCCCACGUCACCGGGGAUCCAGGACCUAGCAACCAAGGAGGUGCUCCUGAGGGUCAACAGUGA